AUGCGUCUCGCAAUCCGCUCCGCUCUCCUCUCCGCCCUUUUCCUUUCCCUCUCCCUCCCCAUCCUCACCCACGCCGCUCCCCUCCCACGCAACAUCCCGACGCUCACGCUCAGCGACACGGCCGCGACGCCUCGCCCCAUGCUCCGGCCGUGGGCCACCGCCGCUCCUCCCACAGCGCGCAAGCACCUCGCCGACACGGCGGAAACCGCGGACAUCGAGGCUACCAUCCUGCAGACGCAUGGCAUGGCGGCCGCCGAAGCGCGGUCCGUGCCGCCGCACGGCACGGAGCUUGCGGCAGGAACGGCGGCCGCGCCGGGUGGUGCUGUCCGCUCGUGA